AUGUUCUCAUCACAGAAAAGGCUGAACAAAGUUCACAUCCUAAUCGUACUGGCAAUCCUCUCGGUGCUCGCCACGGUGCUCGUGCUGUUAGACUUCAGCGAUACCAGCGUGCUUAUUGACUCCCUCAAGCACUACGAGCAAGUACAGGCCGCCAGUCAGAAGGAGAACCAUGCUUCAGGUAGCCCCCGCCCACCGCAUCAGGGCCAAAAUACCUGGUACGGGAAUAUUUGGCAGAAAUUGCAGAAGAAACAGUAUUGCAAGUGGGAGUUCUCGCAUUACGAGGCGAGCGAAUACGAGGAGCAAUGGUUUUCGAUCAUCCACGAGGCCCAGCACGACAUUUGCUCCGUAGUCGCGCGACCCGAGCACGCCGAGAAGAGCACCAACAUUGUCCGGCGAAUCGAGAGCCUCCUACGCCUCGACCCCAACAUCACAUGGACCGAUUUCGACACGAUGCCCCACACCGAGCCGGUCCCGGAGGACCGUCUCUUCUCGCGCAUGCACUACCACCGGAAAUGCUACGACGACAAGCUGGCAGCCUUCCGCCCGUCCGCGGGCCGCGGCGUGCAGCUCAUCGAGCCGUUGUGGGGGAUGCUGCGCGACCCCUUUGACCCGUGGUGCGGCGCAAAGCGGCUGACGAUGCCGGGCUGGGACAGCCGCCACGAGAACCAGAGCAAAGAGGCCAUCAUGCCGAUGGGCUUCGCGCCCUAUGCAUACGACGCGGCGGCCACCUCGGCCAUCGGGCUCGACGACCACAGGAGGGCGCACCUGUGGAGGACACACGGCGUGCCGCCGUGGCACUCGCACCUGACCCCCAGCCAGGACCCCCGCGGCGGCGGCAUGACGGUGUUUGAGAAGCCGCGCAACGUCUUUGUGGACCUCGGCUCCUCGUACUUUGAGGGCUGGGCCGGGCCCGGCGGCACCGCCGCGAGCGGGCGGUGGUUCUACGACACGUACCACGCCCGCGGGCGGCCGUUCGACACCUACGUCGCCGUCGAGGUCGAGAAGCUCGACCCGACGCUCGUCCAGUCCCAGCUGCCCCCCGAUCUCGUCGGCAUCUACAACCUGAUCAACAUCCCGCUGACCAUGGACAAGGGCGACAAGCUCAACGCCGUGGAUCUCUUCAAGCGCAUAUCCAAGCCGGGUGACUUUUUCGUCCUCAAGCUUGACAUUGACUCGGCCCCGAUCGAGGUACCGAUCAUCAAGAACCUGCUGGCUGACAACCCUGAGAACGGCGGUGCUAGUGCUAAUAUUGAUGAGUUGAUGGUUGAGCACCACGUUGUUUAUCCGCCCAUGACUGGCCCCGAGCCUUGGCGCCCAUGGGGGGAUCUCGACCCUGCUGUUUCUGGUGACUUGGCUUACUCCUAUACCUUCUUCCGCGAUUUACGCAAGAAGGGUAUUCGAUCACAUAGUUGGCCUUAG